AUGGCUCUUGAGGAGUUUUUCCCCGAACACGGUCGCAUCGUCGUCUCGAGCGCCCAACGCACGCUGGUGCCCACCUUUGCCGUUUUUCCCAAAGAUCCCAACAUUGCCAUUCUUGCGGUAGUCCAGCUGAUGCUUCGUCACGAUCACAUUGCCUUGCACCGCAACAGUGGUGUCAGCAUGCAUGAUGAUUACUGUUACUUUGCUGCCGACUUUCCCGAACCCACCGGCCACCCGCUGCAUUUUGACGCCCACGAGGGUUUGACCGUACCGGGACAGGAACAUACCUUUGCCUCACUCAAGCAGUCAAUUCUCAGCGCACUCUGGCGAGACACCUACACCGCCAAGGAUCCACUCGAGGCUCAACGCCAAUUUCACUUUUACUGGAAGGAAUAUGCCCAACUUGUCGUUUGGCAUCUGCAACUGAUUGACGCUCGCAAACUCCACGAGGACGGCCUUCUGAUGUUUUACGCGUUUUAUCGCAUCAGCACUGGCCAGGUGGAGGUCAUUUCUACCAACGAGAGUCCUUGGCUGUGGAAGCUGUAUCAGGAAACGGCCAUGAACUUUCGCUACCACAUUAGUCGCCAUCCGCUCGGGGCGCCACGGAGCCAUGCUGAAAGCCCGUACGCGCGAGCUCAGUUGCAGGAGCUGGCCCAGAGUGCCGCGGCCCUGCACCGCAGCGCGGGCAAGGCUUAUGCCAUGCGUCGACUCCUAGCCUGGCUGCUACCUGUUUCGGCACAACAUCGAAAUGUCUCGCCGUACUGCGAUAUCGACUUGUUCAGCUUUGAUCAGCGCGUGCUGCGACAGCAGAGAGUUACGCCAGGGAGCCAACUCAAAGUGUGUAUGCGCCCUUCUUCGUGGGAUGAAGACAACGCCUUGCUGACCGCCAAUCUUGUCGUUGAACACUCGCCCGCAAUCAAUGUGAACGUGGCUGUGUAG